AUGCUACGUCGGUCCUACACCACGGUCUUUCAGCUCUUCGCAUUCUUCGCUGCAAUCAUAUGCAUUGAGCACGACGAUAUACUUAAAUCAUGUCGCCAUUUUGGAAGAGAUGCGUACCAAGGGAGCUUAUUUCUUCCAUCGCUGCCUGAAAUCGACUCUGAGCGCUGCCCCAGCACUCCCGCCUCGAAUCCACCGCAUGCAGCCCGCUUUACCAGGCCUCAGAAGACGUCCAAUCGCGCCUUAAUCAAUUUUGUUUCCUCCACCUUGCUAGUAGGAAGUAUCUGGGUGGCCUUCACUGUUAUCAACUUCUCAGAGAGCUUGCUCACCCAUCAAGGGCCGGUAAAUGCAGCGCCAGUUCUCGACCUUGCCUAUACUACUCCCGUGUCUACGGAGAUUGUGAUUAGUAUGUACAAGGAGCCAGUGGAUUCCAUUACCUCCUUAGUGUCGACUCUUCGUAAACUCCCAAGUCUAUCAAACUCCCGUGUACACAUAUACACCAAAGACAAGGACGGCGACAUCUCUGCGAUUCGACACCAGACGGGUGCCCACAGCGUAACACGGCUCCGUAAUGUCGGUCGCGAGGGCGAGACCUAUCUAUAUCACAUUCUCUCCCAGUGGGAUUCACUCUCGCGCCACACUCUUUUCAUCCAAGGCUCAGUCCAUAAUCAACGGGAUUUCUUCAGCCGCGUGCAUAAUUUCUUCGACCCAGACCGCACGGGCAUGUUGAACUUGGGGUUCUCAGGCCAUCUAUGUAAAUGUGGCAACUGCGGCGAUGAAUGGGAUUGGAAGGACACCGCUAAGCUCAUACCUCAGCUUUUCUCUCGUGUCUACAACUCAUCGGCGUGCUCAGACGUUUUGCUCAGCUACAAGGGACAAUUUAUUGCGUCUGCAAAGCGUAUUCGGGGGCUAAACAGGGCUGUCUAUGAAGAACUUCAAGCUGCGCUUGUAGACGAGCGCAGCUGGGCGCAUCAAGAGAAAUUUCUCGAUGGGCGCCAGGAUUCAAUGAGCGCGCCUGACCUUGGAUACACGCUAGAGAGGCUGUGGAAUGUUCUUCUUCAAUGCUCGGACCUGGCCGUAGCUUGGAAAUGUCCCUCUUUAUUGAGUGGGAAAAGAUGGGGAGGGAGUAUGCGGGAUUGCCAGUGCCUUGAUAAUUGA